AUGGCCCCUUUACCAAUCACCUUUACCGAACUUUUAUCUGUGAGUUGCGCUUUAAGUUUGAGCCACCAUCUGGUAAUCCCUACUGAUAAUAUUGUAUCUAUAGCUCCCACAGCUCGAAAUUCAAGUAUGGACCACUAAAGCAGCUGUAGCAUCCCCGAAUGAAUUGUUCACUGACGGUUUGAAAACAGCAAGCCUCAAUAGGCUUCAAUACCACCGUAGGUUUUACUAUUCAGUUUUGCUUCGGCCGUCGUUCUGAGCUAUAUUUUCUAACCGUUAUCCCAGACCUUGGAGAGCGACCACUUCAUCUGCGUUCGUGAAAAGAGUGAUGAGGCAGCGGCACAAGUCGUAAUAAUCGACCUUCAUAAUGGCAAUCAGGUCACACGGAGGACGAUCAAGGCGGAUAGUGCUAUUAUGCACUGGAACAAACAGAUUAUCGCCUUGAAGGCCCAACGCACCCUUCAGAUUUUCAACUUGGAAGCAAAAGAGAAGCUGAAGUCGCAUACAAUGAAUGAGGAUGUUGUCUUUUGGAAGUGGAUUAGCGAGAGGAGCUUGGGUCUUGUUACAGAUAAUAGCGUUUACCAUUGGGAUGUUAUGGAUCCCAGCCAAGCGGCUCCUGUCAAAAUCUUCGACCGACACAUGAAUCUUUCGGUAAGCAUGGCUGUGGAAAGGCUAGAGAUCAGUUUUGACUUGUGAAAAUUAGGGCUGCCAAAUUAUUAACUACCGCGUCAAUGCGGAUGAGAAAUGGAUGGUUGUUGUUGGCAUUUCUCAAUCACAGGGGCGUGUUGUUGGCAACAUGCAACUGUACUCCAAGGAUAGAGGAAUCAGCCAGGCCAUCGAAGGUCACGCCGCUGCAUUCGCCUCAAUCCGACUUGAGGGGGCUUCGUCCGACACAAAAUUAUUCACAUUUGCUGUCCGGACAGGCCAAGGAGCUAAACUCCAUGUAGUUGAGGUAGACCAUGUCGCUGCCAACCCAGUGUUCCAGAAAAAGGCUGUCGAUGUCUAUUUCCCAGCGGAGGCCGUCAACGAUUUUCCCGUUGCAAUGCAGAUCUCACCAAGGUUCUCUAUCAUAUAUUUGGUUACCAAAUACGGUUUCAUCCAUCUGUACGAUCUUGAAACCGGAGCGUGCAUUUUCAUGAACCGCAUUUCGAGUGAAACUAUUUUCAUCACGGCCCCCCAUGAGGCUAGUUCCGGUAUUAUUGGUGUAAACCGCAAGGGUCAAGUUCUCUGUGUGAGUGUCGAUGAGAACCAAAUCAUCCCAUAUCUGCGAGAAAAUCCGGCGAACUCGACUCUCGCCAUCAAACUUGCUUCGCGGGCUGGCCUUGCCGGCGCUGAUGAGCUAUAUCAGAAGCAAUUUCAGACACUCAUGGACCAAAAGAAUUUUGUGGAGGCCGCUAAAGUUGCCGCAAAUUCUCCGCGUGGGUUCCUGCGUACUCCGGCGACCAUCGAACAGUUUAAGUCCGUUCCGGCACCGCCCGGACAGCUUUCGGUAAUCCUCCAAUACUUUGGUAUGCUAUUAGACAAGACAACAUUGAACAAGCACGAAACUAUCGAAUUGGUCAAGCCCGUUCUUGCACAAAACCGAAAACAUCUGCUGGAGAAAUGGUUGAAGGAAAACAAAUUGGAAUGCACGGAGGAGCUGGGAGAUGCCGUUAGGGUCCAUGAUGUCAAUCUCGCCUUGAGUGUCUAUUUGCGGGCCAACGUUCCUCAGAAAGUUGUUGCGUCAUUUGCCGAGACUGGGCAAUUCGACAAGAUCGUACCAUAUGCACAAAAGGUCGGGUACAGCCCGGACUACACAGCUUUGUUGACCCAUAUCGUCCGGAUCAACCCAGAGAAGGGCGCCGAGUUUGCGACUCAGCUUGCCAGCCAGGAGGGUGGCUCCUUGGUUGACAUUGACCGGGUGGUGGACGUUUUCUUGUCGCAGAAUAUGAUCCAACAGGCCACGGCUUUCUUAUUAACGGCCUUGGAGGGAAACAAGCCAGAGCACGCGGCCCAACAGACCCGUUUGUUGGAAAUGAACCUUCUAAAUGCGCCCCAGGUUGCAGAUGCUAUUCUGUUGAAUAAUAUGUUCUCGUACUAUGAUCGUGAAAAGAUUGCAAAGUUGUGCGAGAACGCAGGCCUAUUUCAACGGGUAUGAUAUCCCAUUUUUUACCGUUUUCCUGAGUAUCCAUCGGCUGUUUGCUCACUAUUCAUUUUCUUCAUAGGCUUUGGAACAUUACGAUGAUCCUGCUGCGGUUAAACGGGUUCUCUGCAACAACAGUGCUGGGCUUGCUCCGGAAUUCAUUGUUGAGUAUUUUGGGAGGAUGUCCUUGGAGCAAUCCUUGGACUGCAUGCGGGAGAUGCUGAGGAUUAAUAUCCGUCAAAAUCUCCAAGUUGUGAUUCAAAUUGCGACCAAAUACUCUGACCUUUUAGGUGCCAAUCGCUUGAUUGAACUUUUCGAGAGCUUCAAAACAUUCGAGGGUCUCUACUACUACCUUGGCAGUAUCGUCAAUUUGAGCGAAGAUCCGGACGUGCACUUCAAGUACAUUCAAGCGGCUACUAUUUGCGGCCAGAUGAGUGAAGUAGAGCGUAUCUGCCGUGAUAGCAAUUUCUACAACCCCGAGAAGGUCAAGAAUUUCCUUAAGGAGGCAAAGCUGACUGAGCAACUUCCAUUGAUUGUGGUUUGCGAUCGGUUCAACUUUAUCCACGAGCUGGUGCUAUAUCUAUAUCAGAACCAACAAUUCAAAUCUAUCGAGGUCUACGUCCAGAGAGUUAAUCCGGCCAGAACUCCGGCGGUGGUUGGAGGACUCUUGGAUGUUGAUUGCGAGGAGCCCAUUAUUAAGAGCUUGUUGAAGUCUGUCCAGAGCUCAGUAAUUCCUAUCGACGAACUUGUUGCCGAAGUUGAGCGCAGGAACCGCCUAAAGCUUUUGUUGCCCUUCUUGGAAGAUACCUUGGCUGCCGGGAACCAACAGCCAGCUGUCUACAAUGCUCUUGCGAAGAUAUACAUCGAUAGUAACAACAACCCGGAGAAAUUCUUGAAGGAGAACGACCAGUACGAUACUUUGGUAGUCGGAAAAUACUGCGAGAAGAGAGACCCAUACUUGGCGUUCAUUGCAUACCAGAAGGGUCAGAAUGAUGUUGAAUUGGUUAGGGUUGCUAAUGAGAACUCGAUGUUCAAGCAGCAGGCCCGGUACCUUGUAGCACGCCGUGAUUCCGAACUGUGGGGUUUUGUCUUGAGCCCUAACAACAUCCACCGCCGUUCUCUAGUAGACCAAGUUGUUGCAACUGCCGUCCCCGAAUCCACUGACCCCGAAGAUGUUUCAGUGGCCGUGCAGUGCUUCUUGAGCAAUGACCUCCCGACCGAGCUGAUCGAGCUUCUUGAGAAGAUUAUUCUUGAACCAUCCACGUUCAGCGAUAACAGCAGCCUGCAGAAUCUGCUUAUCCUCACGGCAGUUAAAGCGGAUAAGGCCCGCGUAAUGGACUACAUUCACCGUCUCACAAACUACGACGGCCCCGAUGUAGCUCAUAUUGCCAUCCAGAAUGGGCUCAACGAGGAGGCAUUUGAGGUCUACAAGAAGAUCAAUGCACAUAGUGACGCUAUCAAUGUUCUCAUUGAAAACAUAGUUAGCAUUGAGCGCGCCUUUGGCUAUGCUGAUCGUGUUGACUUGCCCGAGGUAUGGAGCCGUCUCGGUAAAGCUCAGUUGGAUGGCCUUCGUAUUACCGAUUCCAUCGCAUCGUAUAUCCGCGCCAAGGAUCCCAACAACCAUGCGGAGGUUAUUGAGAUGGCUACUCACGCUGGAAAGUUUGAGGAUCUCAUCAAAUAUCUUCAGAUGUGCAGACAGACCUUGAGAGAACCGGCAGUUGACAGUAGCUUGGUUCUGUGUUACGCUAGGGUUCAUAAAUUACCUGAACUGGAGGAGUUCCUAAAUAGCUCCAACGUUGCCAAUAUCGAGGAGUGCGGUGACAAGUCAUACGAAGAGGGGCUUCACCAGGCCGCCAAAGUCUUCUUCUCAAGCAUUUCCAACUGGGCCAAAUUGGCUGUAAGUUUAUAUUCCCCCAAAUUAGUGAGCCCCGUUGCUAAUGGAUCUUAGACUACUCUCGUAUUUUUGGAAGAGUACCAAAAUGCUGUCGAGUGCGCCCGUAAAGCCAAUAGCACAAAAGUAUGGAAGCAAGUCAACGAGGCUUGUGUUUCCAAGAAGGAAUUUCGCCUUGCACAGAUUUGCGGUCUCAACCUGAUCGUUCACGCAGAGGAGCUGCAAGAUCUUGUCAAGCAAUACGAGCGUAACGGAUACUUUGACGAGUUGAUCAGCCUACUCGAGGCUGGAUUGGGUUUGGAAAGAGCCCAUAUGGUGGGUUUUGGACAAUCUUAUCGAGACAUGAAGGCAUAAUUUGGCUAAUUUAACCGUAGGGUAUGUUCACUGAGUUGGGUAUUGCCCUUUCAAAAUACCAUCCCGAUCGUGUAAUGGAACAUCUUAAGCUGUUCUGGGGUCGCAUCAACAUUCCGAAAAUGAUUCGUGCCUGCGAGCAAGCUCAUCUUUGGCCCGAGCUCAUCUUUUUGUAUUGCCAGUACGUACUGCGACUUUCUCUAUGCGGAACAUAACUAAUGCACUCUCUUUUUUAGCUAUGACGAGUGGGAUAACGCUGCUUUGGCAAUGAUGGAGAGAGCAGCAGAUUCGUGGGAGCACCAGUCAUUCAAGGAUAUUGUCGUCAAGGUCGCCAACCUAGAAAUUUAUUACCGCGCCUUGAACUUUUACCUACAGGAGCAACCAUCACUGCUUACUGAUUUGCUGGCUGUUCUCACACCUCGCAUUGAUGUCUCUCGGUAGGGCAACUCCCUUCCGCUAUCGGUAACAUUGAGCUCACCUUUUCCAGUGUUGUGCGAAUGUUUGGGAAGUCGGACAAUAUUCCUCUUAUCAAGCCGUUUUUGCUCAACGUUCAGUCUCAAAAUAACAAGAUUGUUAACGACGCUAUUAACGAUUUGUUGAUCGAGGAGGAAGAUUACAAGACACUCCGUGAUUCGGUCGAGAAUUAUGACAACUAUGACCCGAUUGAACUUGCUCAGCGCCUUGAGCAACACGAGUGAGCUUCUAUGAUUCUUUUGUUUGGUGAUAGUUUCUGACAUUUUAGUAGACUUGUCUUCUUUAGACAGAUUGCUGCAAAUAUCUACCGUAAACAGAAGCGCUGGAACCAAUCUAUUGCCCUAUCAAAGCAGGACAGGCUCUUCAAGGAUGCUAUUGAGACUGCUGCUGUGUCCGGAAAGGAAGAUGUGGCAGAAGAGUUGCUUCGUUACGUGAGUACAAAAUAUUCUAUCUUUGGGGUCUUCCCACUGAUUGACGUUUCCAGUUUGUCGAUAUUGGUAGCCGGGAAUGCUAUGUUGGUAUGCUUUAUGCCUGCUAUGACCUUAUCCAGCUUGAUGUUGUCAUGGAGAUCUCGUGGCGUCAUGGUCUGAGUGACUAUACAAUGGUGAGUUGUAUUCGAAAACUUGAUCUUCUCGUGAAAUGUGCUGACUAGAACAGCCUUUCAUGAUCAAUGCCAUGAGACAGCAAACCAAGAAGAUUUCUGCUCUCGAGAAGGACAAUGAGGAGCGUAAGAUCAAGGAGGCUACCCAGCAAAAGGUCGAAGACACUACCCCGAUUCUGGGAAACCGUCUUAUGCUCACCGCCGGACCGGGUGGUCCCAUGCCACAACAGCCGUACGCCAAUGGGAUUGCGCCGCAGGCUACUGGGUUUGGAGGGUUUUAGACACGAGUGGAUAGAGGCCUUUGGUGGCUUAUAAUUAUUUCCUUUUAGCUAUCUGCUUUUCUUUUCUUUCUUUCUUUCUUUUCUUCUUGUGUUGUUCCUAGGCGGAGCAGCUUUCGGAUACAAAAAAUACCUAGGGAAUUGUCCAAGCAUGAUUUUCUAGUGAUGAUGAACGGUCGAAGAAUGGGACGGGGCGGAUUGGUUAAAAAGGGGAAAAGUAAAGGGAUUGAGUUCAAGUUCCUUUUUGGUUUUUUCUCUACUGGAGGGAGAGAAGGUUUUUUAUGCCUCGCCUGAUUGUUUCAAUCUUCUUAGCGUUGCCUUGAUGGGGUCUGUUUGUAUCAUUAAUUAUUUGUGAUAUCAUUCCUAUGUUUGGUUUCUUUCGCGAGCGUUGAUGCAUUGUGAGUGUAAUCAGGACGUGAGCACUAUCGUGGACAGACAGCGCUAUCAUGGAUUGGGGGGGAAAUGAUCGCCCUCAGGGUUUGGUUCACCCUUCG